UUGAUCUGGCCACGUGCAGCAGAGGUCCAGGACCUGGUAGAACUGAUGACCUAGAGGAGUAAAAAUAGACAAGACGAGAUAUACUGUGAGGGUUAAAUGUUUAUGUAUGCAGUUGUUAACCUACAGAGAGCGAAGUAGAGGUAGGGUAGGCAGGAAACAGACAGGCAGAGCCAGCAGGGAGGAGAAGGCUGAGACAAAUUAUAUAUGGAAUAUAGACAAGCGACCGGUUGUUCUAAAAAACCAAGAAGGAGAAUUUUCCAGAAUAUUUAGAAGGUCUGAACGAGGGGUUUAAUGUGAAGUUGUGCAGGAAGGUUGCAGAGAGUUAUAAUGGAAAAGCUUUUACCGCAGGAUACAGAGUGAAAGGCUACAAAGAAGGACUUUAAUGGAUCAAAACUUCUAGAAUGUCAUUAAGUGAGUAAAGAAGAGCCAUGGUUUUCAGAUUCUGAGUUGGAUUGUAACUAUGGGUAAUGCAGCAGCUUGUAAAGCCUGUGGUUCAGAUAAAGGCUCAAAGACUGGUGAAAAUGACAAUGACUUAAACCUAAACAAUGAUUACUACAAGGCUGCUGACUUUGGGACCGAAGUGGAUAAUUUACUGUCUGACAGCAACACAAGUUUCCUCCGUGCUGCUCGAGCAGGAAAUACCGACAAAGUCCUGGAAUUCCUCAAAAAUGGAGUUGACAUCAGCACCUGUAACCAGAAUGGACUCAAUGCGUUACACUUGGCAGCUAAAGAGGGACACAAAGAUUUGGUGGAAGAACUGCUGCAGAGAGGAGCACCUGUAGACUCAGCCACCAAGAAGGGAAACACUGCUCUUCAUAUCGCCUCACUGGCUGGACAAAAAGAAGUUGUAAAACUCCUGGUGUCAAGAGGAGCGGAUGUCAACGCUCAAUCACAGAAUGGCUUUACACCACUCUACAUGGCAGCGCAGGAGAAUCAUUUGGAGGUCGUGCGAUAUUUUCUGGAAAAUGAAGGGAACCAAAGCAUUGCAACAGAAGACGGCUUCACUCCACUUGCGAUCGCUCUCCAGCAGGGCCACAACUCCGUAGUGUCCCUCCUGUUGGAGCAUGACACCAAAGGGAAAGUUCGCCUGCCAGCCUUGCACAUAGCAGCCCGCAAGGAUGACACCAAGUCUGCAGCGCUCCUGCUUCAGAAUGACCACAAUGCUGAUGUUCAGUCCAAGAUGAUGGUCAAUAGAACCACAGAGAGCGGUUUCACCCCCCUGCACAUUGCUGCUCACUAUGGCAACGUGAAUGUCUCUACCUUGUUGCUGAACAGAGGAGCUGCUGUGGACUUCACAGCCAGGAAUGGGAUCACACCUCUUCAUGUGGCAUCCAAGAGAGGAAACACCAACAUGGUGGCUCUGUUGUUGGAUCGAGGUGCUCAGAUAGAUGCUAAAACAAGGGAUGGUCUGACACCCCUGCACUGUGCGGCCAGGAGCGGACAUGACCCAGCAGUGGAGCUUCUGCUAGAAAGAGGAGCCCCCAUCUUAGCUAGAACCAAGAACGGGCUGUCUCCACUGCACAUGUCGGCUCAGGGAGACCACAUAGAGUGUGUGAAACUCCUGCUGCAGCAUCAGGCGCCAGUUGAUGACGUUACGCUUGACUACCUCACAGCGCUGCACGUCGCAGCUCACUGUGGUCACUACAGAGUCACCAAAGUCCUCCUGGACAAAAAGGCCAAUCCUAAUGCCAGAGCAUUGAAUGGUUUUACUCCUCUCCACAUCGCUUGCAAGAAAAACAGAGUGAAAGUGAUGGAGCUUCUUGUUAAAUAUGGUGCCUCCAUUCAGGCGAUCACUGAGUCUGGACUGACACCCAUCCAUGUAGCAGCUUUCAUGGGCCACCUCAACAUUGUUCUGUUGCUACUGCAAAACGGUGCUUCUCCAGAUGUCCGCAACAUACGGGGUGAGACGGCUCUCCACAUGGCAGCCCGGGCAGGACAGAUGGAGGUAGUUCGCUGCUUAUUGAGAAACGGAGCCCUAGUGGAUGCCGUGGCAAGGGAGGACCAAACUCCCCUCCACAUUGCAUCUCGUUUAGGGAAAACCGAUAUUGUCCAGCUUCUGCUGCAACAUAUGGCCCACCCUGAUGCUGCCACCACAAACGGCUACACUCCCCUCCACAUCUCUGCCAGAGAGGGUCAGGUGGAGACCGCUGCUGUUCUGCUGGAGGCCGGAGCCUCACACUCUCUGGCCACCAAGAAAGGAUUCACUCCCCUCCAUGUAGCAGCAAAAUAUGGAAGCCUUGAUGUAGCCAAGCUUCUCCUUCAACGCAGAGCUCUUCUAGAUGAUGCUGGCAAGAGCGGCCUGACUCCACUGCAUGUAGCAGCUCAUUAUGACAACCAAGAGGUGGCUCUGCUGCUGCUGGAUAAAGGAGCUUCGCCUCAUGCCACUGCUAAGAAUGGCUACACUCCUCUCCACAUUGCAGCCAAAAAGAACCAGACAAACAUUGCUUCAGCGCUGCUGCAGUAUGGAGCAGAGACCAAUGUUUUAACCAAACAGGGGGUCAGCCCUCUACACCUGGCAUCCCAGGAGGGACACGCGGAGAUGGUCAACCUGCUGCUGAGCAAAGGAGCACAUGUCAACACUGCCACUAAGAGUGGACUGACUCCAUUGCAUCUCGCAGCCCAAGAGGACAGAGUCAAUGCAGCAGAAGUUCUGGCCAAACAUGACGCCAAUUUGGAUCAGCAAACUAAACUCGGAUACACUCCCCUGAUUGUGGCAUGCCAUUAUGGAAAUGCCAAAAUAGUUAACUUCCUCCUACAACAAGGUGCCAGUGUGAAUGCCAAAACAAAGAAUGGCUACACUCCACUUCACCAGGCAGCACAGCAAGGGAAUACACACAUAAUCAAUGUUUUGCUUCAGCACGGGGCAAAACCCAACACCACCACAGUGAAUGGGAACACCGCACUUUCGAUUGCUAGACGUUUGGGUUACAUCUCUGUGGUGGACACACUCAGAGUUGUCACAGAGGAGGUCAUCACUACCACAACGACGGUCACAGAGAAACACAAGCUUAAUGUCCCAGAGACCAUGACAGAGAACCUUGAUGUCUCAGAUGAAGAAGCACUGAGGGUGGAAGACGAACCAUUAUGUGAAAUGAGUGUGGAGCUGGAAGGUGAGGACACAAUGACGGGUGAUGGAGGAGAAUACCUGAGAGCCGAGGACCUUCGAGAGCUGGGAGACGACUCUCUGCCAGGACAUUAUCUGGAUAGCUUCAGCUAUAUGAGCCACAAUUUGGACAGGCCCCAGCACACUCCCAUUCACCAAAGUUUCCAUCAGAGAGAUGGGGUUCUCAUUGAAGAAGUUUGGACAAGCCACCAGGUGUCUGCGCUGGCCAGAGAACACGACAAGGAGUCAUUUCGCCUGAGCUGGGGCGCUGAGCACCUAGAUAAUGUGGUGCUCUCUUCCAGUCUGCUGCAUUCUGGCCAUUCUUCUCCAUGCCUAGACCAUGACAACAGCAGUUUCCUUGUAAGUUUUAUGGUUGAUGCCAGAGGCGGAGCAAUGCGAGGUUGUCGCCACAACGGCCUGCGAAUCAUCGUCCCACCAAGGAAGUGUUCUGCACCUACACGGGUGACAUGCAGGCUGGUGAAGAGGCAUCGUUUGGCCUCCAUGCCCCCCAUGGUGGAGGGGGAAGGGCUUGCCGGUCGAAUCAUAGAAGUCGGACCCACCGGGGCUCAGUUUUUGGGUAAGCUCCACCUUCCUACAGCUCCUCCCCCUCUGAAUGAGGGUGAGAGCCUGGUCAGCCGCAUUCUGCAGCUGGGUCCUCCAGGAACCAAGUUCCUCGGGCCAGUGAUUGUCGAGAUCCCCCAUUUUGCGGCUCUGAGGGGCACAGAGAGGGAGCUUGUGAUCUUACGGAGUGAAACAGGAGAGAACUGGAAGGAACAUCAUUGUGACUUCACCGAAGAAGAGCUGAACCAGAUCCUCAACGGCAUGGAUGAAAAACUCGAUUCUCCAGAAGAACUCAAGAAAAAAAGAAUAUGCCGUAUCAUCACCAGAGAUUUCCCACAGUACUUUGCUGUGGUUUCGAGGAUAAAGCAAGACAGUAAUCUGAUUGGUCCAGAGGGUGGGGUCCUCAGCAGUACACUUGUACCCCAAGUCCAGGCUGUCUUCCCUGAAGGUGCUCUCACCAAGAAAAUCAGAGUUGGGCUUCAGGCUCAACCUAUUGAUGUUGAAAUGGUGAGAAAGAUUCUGGGUAACAAAGCCACAUUUAGUGCAAUUGUCACAUUGGAACCCAGACGGAGGAAGUUCCAUAAACCAAUCACCAUGACAAUCCCUAUUCCCAAGAGCGUUAACAGUGAUGGACCAAGUACAGUCUACAGUGGGGAGACCCCCACUUUACGUUUGCUUUGUAGUAUUACAGGCGGAACCACUCCUGCCCAAUGGGAGGACAUCACUGGCUCCACCCCUCUCACCUUUGUCAAUCAGUGCGUUUCCUUUACCACAAAUGUUUCAGCAAGGUUUUGGCUUAUAGAUUGCAGACAGGUCCAGGAGUCUGUUAACUUUGGCUCUCAGCUGUACAGGGAAAUCAUUUGUGUGCCAUACAUGGCCAAAUUUGUCAUAUUUGCCAAGACAUUGGAUCCUAUAGAGGCUCGACUUCGCUGUUUCUGCAUGACAGAUGACAAGAUGGACAAAACCUUGGAGCAGCAAGAGAACUUUGCUGAAGUUGCCCGCAGUCGAGAUGUUGAGGUGUUGGAAGGGAAACCUAUAUAUGCAGACUGCUUUGGAAACCUGGUUCCUCUUACCAAGAGUGGACAGCACCACGUGUUUAGUUUCUAUGCCUUUAAGGAGAACAGACUGGCUCUCUUUGUGAAAAUUAGAGACACGGCACAGGACCCAUGCGGUCGCUUGUCUUUCACCAAGGAACCACGCACUUACAGAAGCCUCAACCUCAAUGCCAUCUGCAACCUUAACAUCACACUCCCAGCAUACUCAAAGGAAUCGGAUUCGGAUCAAGAUGGAGAUGAUGAGAGUGAAAAGAGUGAAAAGAAAUAUGAUGAAUCUGAGUCAACUGAGACAUUCUCCCUGCGAACUAACCAACCUCUUGAUCCUGCAACCCUUGCAAGUCCGGACCUCCUGUCAGACAUGUCAGACAUUAGAACAACAGCAGUUUUUACUGCAUAUGAGGAGAGAGUUGAAGAAACAGGGUUAGAGGAGGGGUCAUCUCCGAUUGUUGUGGAAUUGUUCAAAGAGAGGCAGGAAAAGGUUGGAGGAAUUAAAAAAGAUGGGCAGAUUGAAAGUAGGUCAGUGGAACAACAAGAUAGGGCUAAGAAAGAUGUGUAUUCAGUUUUUGAGGCAAAAGCUUUUGAAGAAACAAAGAAAUUGAGUCAAACUGACACUGGUAUGGAUGGCAUGACUGCAAUGGUCUCAAACCUCAACAAGGAGACUGAAGAUCAUCAUGAACAAAGACUCGGUGGGACAUAUGAUUCUCAAGAAGAUCUAACAAAAGAGAGAGGUGAACAUGUAUCUGUAAAGCAAGAUGGCAAAAGACAUCCUCCAAAUAUAAAAAAACCUAUUAGAAAGAAACUUCGAGAGUUUUCUAGAUGUAGCAGCUCUGAGGGAGAGCUGGAAAGAAUGAGUUCUGAAGAGUCAUUAGAUGACGAUGCGAUCAUCAAGAAGAGUGGUCUUUCCUCCACCUCAUCCAUGGAACCUCCGGCUUCUCCUGUUGUUGUUGAGGCCCCCAUAGGAUCAAUAAAGGACAAAGUUAAAGCUUUGCAAAACAAAGUUGAGGAGGAAAAGAUACAAAAGCAUACUCAAGGUGAGGGGUAUGAAGUAAUGCAUAGCAACAUCACAAAGACACCAGCAGAAGUCAUGCCAGAACUUCCUAGUAUUCCCAAGUCCCCCAAAUCCCAAACCGAAAGGUUAGAGGAGAUUAUGUCAGUGAAGGAACUGAUGAAGGCAUUUCAGACAGGACAAGACCCAUCAAAAUGUAAGUCUGGACUUUUUGAACACAAAGCAGAACAUUUUCAUUAUGACAAAAUGUCCACGUCUGAACCAACACAUUCUAAACAAUUGGAAGAAGUGGAGCAGAGUCUUGCAUAUGAUCCAAUAUCUCAACUCCAGACUAAUGAGCAUACAAUUUUCCAUGAACAAAAUGACCAGAAUAAGCCAAACAAUGCAGACAUAACAGAAGAGAUGGAGAGCUUAGUCAAACCUAGUAUGGAAGAAAAGGCUCCUAAUGGAAAGAAAGUGACAUUUGCUGAAACAACUGAGUAUGUUGAUGGGGGUUAUGGUCCACAGACAGAGGUAGCCGACAAUUGUGUGUUACCAGAGAAAGAGAGUCUGUCAGUGAAGGAGCUGAUGAAAAUGUUCCAAGCUGAGCGUGAGACUAUGGAAAUCACACCACAGCCUUUAAAACUCGAUGCUUUGGCCACUCAUAUUACAGCAACUCAAAGUAAAGAAACCCCAUUACUAGAGGAAACUUUGCAAGAGCCAAAGUCACAUGUUGAAGCUCAGCGACCAACAACUUUCAGUUCAACAUCUGAUUCCAUCCUGUGUGAUUUUCGAGAGUCAGAAGCUCCUCCAGAAAGUUUUGUCAGAUAUGGAUCUGAUAUCUCGGUGUUCAUUUCAGAUGAUAACUCUCUUGAAAAGACAGUACAUUUUGCUGAAACUCUACCAUGUGACCCUGUACCUGUCACCCCACAAAGAGAUGAACCUGAAGAGAGUUCUGUCUCUGUGAAAAACUUAUUGAAAGCAUUUCAAAAUGAGCAAGAGGGACAGCAAACUAAACAAAGUCUUAGAAGGGAGGAACAAAUGUCAACACAAACUGAGAAGGCCUCAAUCAUGCAUCAAGAGAUUGGUGAUAGAAAAUCUGACCACACAGACUUGAUUAAUCAAUCACAAAUGUUAAACACAGAUCAGUCUCCGUCAGUGUCAGAGCCUUCUUUUGCACAGACGAUGCAAAAUUCUGAGAGAUUGAUCACAACAAUCGAGACUGAGCUUCAUUUGCUAAAAACUAAAUCAGAAUCAUUUGAAGGCUCUGGAGAGGUCCAGAAAACUGAACAGAAUACCAGCAUGCCUUUCCAAACACAACUGAGUGGUAACAAAAAUAUGAAUUUAGAAGCCCAGACUGUGACAUUACAGAAAGAAAUCACUUGUGAAUCACAACAAGGAUCAGUUAUUCCUACGUUUGGCGUGACAAUUAAAGUUGCUGACAAGAUGCAGUUUGAUGAUAGAAGGAUUAGUCCAGAGAGAGACAAGCCAGAUAUGCCGCAGAGCAGCCUGAGCAGAAUGCAGCUAGAGGAACCACUCAUGAACAUUGCUAGGAGUCUAUCUGAUGACUAUCAGAUCAGCCCUGAUCGAAAAAAUUCUGAGGAUUUCAGUUCUUUCAUUAGGGCUGAACUGGAAGAAAGUCCUGAGUAUCAGCUGUUUAAGCGCAGAUCUACAGCAACAGAUAUCAACUAUCAGUUGGGGACACUUGGGGAAGAAACCCCAAUUGAUGAUUCCGACACAAAUCCAGAGUUAUUAUACAGUUCUUGUUUUAAGGAUAACACAAGUUCAGGGAGUUACAAGCAAGAAUGGUUGGCUAAAUCCUCAGAGACAAUUGUUCAAAAGACCUCCCGUUAUAGCUCAGAGGAGAAGGAAAGUUCAGAAGAACUCAAGCCAAUAUAUCAAAUGCCCAAUGAAAUGUUUUCUUACCACGAAGCUACAAAAGAAGAUUAUUGUGUUCCUGCAGACAAAGAAAACACAUUCCAAGCAAGUGAAAAAGACAAAGCAGCUGAACAUAAAAGCAGAGAACAGAGGACAGAAAUGGCAAUCAAGGAGCAGUCACUUCUCGAGAUCUGUAAAGGUACCAAAAUGUUUGGCCAGAAAUCUACAGCAGGAAAGGACAUUAAAGGUUCCUUAUUGAACGAAGAGUUGGGUCAGUGCCUACAAGUUAGUCCUAUUAAAAGCCAACAAUCACAGAAGAAUAUUUACCGUGAUAAUUUUCAAGAAACCAUCACAACACAGGAGACUGAUGAGGAAAUUGCCACAAAGAUUUCUCCUAAAGAGGAAAAAACAAAAAUGCAUGGAGCAGCGUUGGAAAAAACACUUCCAAAACAGGGUGAUAUCCUUGGGAGCUUUGAUCAAAUGAUUCACACCAAAGUCUGCACAUCUUCAAGUGCUUUUGAUGAGAACAAGAAAAGCCCAGAGGUGCAAGAACAGACUCAAACAAUUGCUGUUAAAAUGGGCCCAACUGUCCCAUUUGAGCCUCCAUUUGAAGAAGAUAUUGAGAAAAUUACAGAACUGUCUACAAAUGAGAAAACUAUGUCAGGCAUGUUAUCACUUCUCAAAAGUGACCUUGAUGAAUGUUUCAGUGAAAAUACAAUGACAAGACAAUGCCAACUAGAGGAUGAUCUUGUUGAUGAGAGACACAUUGAAGUCAAACUCCCAAGCAAACAUUUACAAGACAAUGUACUUAAGGAAGUUCAUGAAAACUGGCAGAGCUCAAAGAGUCAGUUUGAGAAACCACCAACCGAGCCACAAUCUGAGACUACAUUUAAACAAGUUUGCCUGGAGGGAGAUGCAUAUCAUCAGAGUUCCACAAAUAGGAAAAACAUUUCUGGUAUAUUAUCACUAACUGAUCCUUCAGAGGACAAAGUAGUCAAUGAACUCUUAGAAAAGGUUGAAGUUAGUAUCAAAGAAAAAGCUCAAAGCACUGUGUCUGACACCCUGUUCCAACAAGUACUUGUUGAGCGAGAGGUUUACUACAAACCAUCAACAACUGAGAAAACCAUGUCUGCUGUGUUGUCCCAAGAAAGACCAGUUGUCAGACAAACACUGUCAGAGCAGGAUUUAAUCCACGAGAGCUACAAGGAAACAAAAUUGACAACAAAUGAUUUAGAUGACAAAGAAGGGGGAGAUGCCAGUGACUAUGCAGAAACUAAUGAAGUUGGUGUCGCACAGGUUGCUCAAAGGUCUGUAUCAGAGACUCUUUUCCAAGAAAAUGUCAUUGAGAGACAUGAUCAGAGUGAACACAUAAAAGGUGAAAAGAACAUGUCUGGGGGGUUGUCCCAUCUGAGUAGUGACUUAGAUGAAUACCUCAAAGAAAGACCAGUUGUCAGACAAACACUGUCAGAGCAGGAUUUAAUCCAUGAGAGCUACAAGGAAACAAAAUUGACAACAAAUGAUUUAGAUGACAAAGAAGGGGGACAUGCUAGUGACUAUGCAGAAACUGAUGAAAUUUGUGUUGUACAGGUUGCUCAAAGGUCUGUAUCAGAGACUCUAUUCCAAGAAAAUAUCAAUAAGAGACAGGAACAGAGUGAACACAUAAAAGGUGAGAAGAACAUGUCUGGAGUGUUGUCCCAUCUGAGCAGUGACUUAGAUGAAUACCUCAAAGAAAGACCAGUUGUCAGACAAAAACUGUCAGAGCAGGAUUUAAUCCAUGAGAGCUACAAGGAAACACAAUUGACAACAAAUGAUUUAGAUGACAAAGAAGGGGGAGAUGCCAGUGACUAUGCAGAAACUGGUGAAGUUGGUGUCGCACAGGUUGCUCAAAGGUCUGUAUCAGAGACUCUUUUCCAAGAAAAUGUCAUUGAGAGACAUGAUCAGAGUGAACAUAUAAAAGGUGAGAAGAACAUGUCUGGAGUGUUGUCCCAUCUGAGUAGUGACUUAGAUGAAUACCUCAAAGAAAGACCAGUUCUCAGACAAACACUGUCAGAGCAGGAUUUAAUCCACGAGAGCUACAAGGAAACAAAGUUGACAACAAAUGAUUUAGAAGACAAAGAAGUGGGAGAUGCUAGUGGCUAUGCAGAAACUGAUGAAGUUUGUGUUGCACAGGUUGUUCAAAGGUCUGUAUCAGAGACUCUAUUCCAAGAAAAUAUCAUUGAGAGACAUGAUCAGAGUGAACACAUAAAAGGUGAAAAGAACAUGUCUGGGGUGUUUUCCCAUCUGAGCAGUGACUUAGAUGAAUACCUCAAAGAAAGACCAGUUGUCAGACAAACACUGUCAGAGCAGGAUUUAAUCCAUGAGAGCUACAAGGAAACAAAAUUGACAACAAAUGAUUUAGAUGACAAAGAAGGGGGAGAUGCCAGUGACUAUGCAGAAACUGGUGAAGUUGGUGUCGCACAGGUUGCUCAAAGGUCUGUAUCAGAGACUCUUUUCCAAGAAAAUGUCAUUGAGAGACAUGAUCAGAGUGAACAUAUAAAAGGUGAAAAGAACAUGUCUGGAGUGUUGUCCCAUCUGAGUAGUGACUUAGAUGAAUACCUCAAAGAAAGACCAGUUGUCAGACAAACACUGUCAGAGCAGGAUUUAAUCCACGAGAGCUACAAGGAAACAAAAUUGACAACAAAUGAUUUAGAAGACAAAGAAGGCGGAGAUGCCAGUGUUUACCCAGAAACUGAUGAAGUUGGUGUUGCACAGGUUGUUCAAAGGUCUGUAUCAGAGACUCUAUUCCAAGAAAAUAUCAUUGAGAGACAUGAUCAGAGUGAACACAUAAAAGGUGAGAAUAACAUGUCUGGGGUGUUGUCCCAUCUGAGCAGUGACUUAGAUGAAUACCUCAAAGAAAGACCAGUUGUCAGACAAACACUGUCAGAGCAGGAUUUAAUCCACAAGAGCUACAAGGAAACAAAAUUAACAACAAAUGAUUUAGAUGACAAAGAAGGGGGAGAUGCUAGUGACUAUGCAGAAACUGAUGAAGUUGGUGUCGCACAGGUUGCUCAAAGGUCUGUAUCAGAGACUCUUUUCCAAGAAAAUGUCAUUGAGAGACAUGAUCAGAGUGAACACAUAAAAGGUGAAAAGAACAUGUCUGGGGUGUUGUCCCAUCUGAGUAGUGACUUAGAUGAAUACCUCAAAGAAAGACCAGUUGUCAGACAAACACUGUCAGAGCAGGAUUUAAUCCAUGAGAGCUACAAGGAAACAAAGUUGACAACAAAUGAUUUAGAUCACAAAGAAGGGGGACAUGCUAGUGACUAUGCAGAAACUGAUGAAGUUUGUGUUGUACAGGUUGCUCAAAGGGCUGUAUCAGAGACUCUAUUCCAAGAAAAUGUCAUUAAGAGACAGGAACAGAGUGAACACAUAAAAGGUGAGAAGAACAUGUCUGGAGUGUUGUCUCAUCUGAGCAGUGACUUAGAUGAAUACCUCAAAGAAAGACCAGUUGUCAGACAAAAACUGUCAGAGCAGGAUUUAAUCCACGAGAGCUACAAGGAAACAAAAUUGACAACAAAUAAUUUAGAAGACAAAGAAGGCGGAGAUGCCAGUGUUUACCCAGAAACUGAUGAAGUUGGUGUUGCACAGGUUGCUCAAAGGUCUGUAUCAGAGACUCUUUUCCAAGAAAAUGUCAUUGAGAGACAUGAUCAGAGUGAACACAUAAAAGGUGAGAAGAACAUGUCUGGAGUGUUGUCCCAUCUGAGUAGUGACUUAGAUGAAUACUUCAAAGAAAGACCAGUUGUCAGACAAACACUGUCAGAGCAGGAUUUAAUCCACGAGAGCUACAAGGAAACAAAAUUGACAACAAAUAAUUUAGAUGACAAAGAAGGGGGAGAUGCUAGUGACUAUGCAGAAACUGAUGAAGUUGGUGUCGCACAAGUUGCUCAAAGAUCUGUAUCAGAGACUCCAUUCCUAGAAGUUGUCAUUGAGAGACAUGAUCAGAGUGAACAGAUAAAAGGUGAGAAGAACAUGUCUGGUAUGUUUUCCCACAUGAGUAGUGACUUAGAUGAAUACCUUAAAGAAAGACCAGUUGUCAGACAAACAGUUUCAGAGGAGGAUGUAAAACAGGAGAUAUACAAGGAAACAAAACUGGUAACGGUUUCUUUAGAUGACAAAAAAGGGCAGGAUUCCAGUGAAUGUCUGCAGACAAAUAAAACUGUAAUUGAAGGAGAAGCUCAAAGAUCAGCAUUUGAGACUCUAUUCCAACAAGUUACUGAGAAACACGUUCAGUGUGAACAAAUAACAACUGAAAAUAUGCAAUCACAUCUGACUGGUGACUUGGACAGAUAUCUUAAAGAAAGACCAAUAAUAAAAAAAAACAUAACGGAGAGCAAUGUAGGCGAAGAAAUUUGCACAAAAACCAUAUUGGCCGUUGAUAAUGUUGAAGAUAAAGUAGCGGAAGUGACAUGUGAAACUUUGGAGCCUGAUGAAGUUGCAGUUGAUGAGCUAUCUCAAAGCUCAAUAUCUGACAUUCCAUUUGAUCAGAUUGUGAUUGAAGGAACAUUGCACCAUCAACAGUCAGAGAAAGAUAUGACAGGCAUAUUGUCCCUAUUGAGCACUGAUUUGGAUGUUAAUCUUAAAGAAAAGCCUUUGAAUUUGGAAAGAUGUGCAGAUGAGAGUUUGAUCCACAAUGAAUGUCAAGAAACAUUUCUUAAAUGUGAUAAUAUAGAAACCCAGAUGGAAAAGGAGUUAAAUGAAGACCCAGAUACUGAUGUAGUUGAAGUUGAGGAACUAGUUGCAGGUUUAGUUGCAGACAAUGUAUUACAGCAAGUUUCUGCAAAGACACAAGCCCAAGACGAAUGCUCCCCAAUUGAAAAGAAUAUGUCAAAUUUGGUAUCACUUCUCAGUAAGCCUGAUAAACCUGAGACAAAAGCAAGUCAUCCCUUUGAGGACCUUGUUCAUGAGACCUUCAAAGAAACAACACAGCCUGAGGACUGUAAAAUAGAACAAGACAUGGUAUCCUCCAAACCAUACAGAUCUGAUAGUGGAGACCUCAAUAAAACAAUGUUUAAAGAAAUUGAAAGACAGACAUAUGUUGAUGAAGAUGAUGGGUGCAACAUAGAAUCAUGUGAGACAUGGGAAGUAGACACAUCAUUUAGAAAAGCAGCACUUUAUACUCACUCUACUGAAGAGACAGUAAACAACAGCAAGUCAAAUGCAACAUUAUAUGAUGAUGAAGUUGAUGUCAAUGUCGAUGGUUUCCAUUCAGUUCACAAAACACAAGAACCAAGUAGUUAUGUUGCUCUGCAACGACCUGCUGGAUUGGAGAACCUUACCUGUAUGCCGUUUGAUGAGCCAGACAAAGAUCUAUUUAAUCAAGAUUCAUUAGAGUCAAGUCCUGUUCUGGAAGAUCAAUCAUCAAAGAAAUCCCCUGAUUCAAUAGAACCAAGUCCUACCAAAGAUUCUCCAUGUCAAGAUUCGCUUGAAAGUAGUCCUACUCUGACAAAGGAUGCACAAAUUCAUGAACCCUUUAAGACAGCUGUUUACGAGGACUAUGCUUCACAGCUCAAAGCAUGUUUUCCUUACGAAACCUAUGUUUAUACAGAUACAUGUGAAGAUGAAAAAGAAAACUCUCCAAGGAUCCCUUUAACUGACUCUACAGAUGGAACAAGUUAUGGCAAUAUGUGCUCUAUUGAGAGUCUUGAAUCCAGGCAAAAGUCACUCAGUGCAGAUGAUGGCGAGGAUGAAAUCACCAGCAAACAAUUCACUCCAGAAGAGAAGAUGUUUAAAAUGGCCGUAAAAAUCAAAAUGUUUGAGGAGAUGGAACAGGAGUCUAAAGUAAAGACAGAGAUACAUGAAGAUUCCAUUUCUGCUUCUUACGGUGAUGCUUACAAAGACGAUGACAGAGAUUUAAGAUCAGACUCUAUUGCCUAUUCAUCCUCUCAAGCUAUUCAACAAUCAAGUUCUGAAACAUCUGAAACUCACCCACAACAUGAAAAAAUGGACAAUUUGUGCUUUAAGGCAGAGACAGUGGAUCAGUUACAACAGAGAACUACUCAGUCAGCUGACAUUCUACUAUAUUCAACUACACCAUUCAAAGAAAAAACUGAUGGGGACAAGGAGGAUGCACCAACCCUGCUUGUAAAAAAGGGGUCAGAAAUACUAAAAGACAAAACAACGCCAAUGAUUUAUACUGUUACUGAAAAACAUUUGUCUGGCUUUGUGGCAAAUGAAUCUCCAAUGAUGACCCAAGGUUCAGGUUUUGUAAGUGAAUCUCAAACUACAGUUUGUACCACAGAAGUGGAAGAAGUUAAAGAACAAAAGGAUCCUGGCCAAAAAACACCAGAAAAAUAUCCUGAUCAGGCUACAAAUAGUGAGAGAAGCCCUAAUCCAUUUCAGUUUCAAGAAGGAAAGCUGUUUGAAAUGACUAGAGGUGGAGCCAUUGACAUGACAAGAAGGACCUUUGACGACAGAGGUGAAGGAUUUGGAUUUUUUCACUUUGGAGAACAUCAAAUGGAAGAAAAUGUACCAGAAGAGUUUGUUGAAGAUUUUACAAAGUCUUCUCAGAGAACUGAUUCUAAACCAGGUGCUAAAUCUAUCUUGACUGAUUUUCAACUUGUUUCUCCCAGUGCUGCUAGGAGCCUCACAACUACCCAUAUUGAAGCUGGAGAUAUGGAAGGCCUAGGGCUAGGCUACCUAGACACCACUGUAGCUGACCUUCAGUCAGACACAACGGCAGCUACCCAGUUAGAUGCUGAAAAGCCUUUCUUAGAGUCUUCCUCCUCUGAUGAUGAUGACUUGGAUGAUGAAGAAGACCAGUGCUCAGUCAUAGAGAUGACCUUUUCAGCUGCACACUUUGACACUUUAGGUAAUGAUCAAGAUUCUCCGCAGCCAAUCAUACCAGGUUCUUCAAUUAGUGAGUCAAUGAAGGUGAAAGACUUGCAGGUAUCCGUGCUUGAGGCAGUUAAUAGGAAAGCAGAAAGAAAAUUGAAGUCUGAUCGUAAAACUAGAUCUGAGGGUGGUGAUAUUAAAAAACAAUUUUAUAGAAAAGGUCCGAGUUACUCUGAUUGUAGUCAGUCUACUGGUAUGUCCGAAUUUUCCCCCUCCAAAGUCACUCCCCUGAUGCAAGAGAAUCUUGAAGCUUGCUCUCCCCUUCAAAAAGCCCUCCCACACCUGGAUACUACAGAUAAGUCUGUUAGGUCUUCUUUUGAAACUGAUAACAGGAGUAGCAGUAGUCACAAAAGUUCAGACUCUGUUGUCUUUACAUAUGACACUCAAGCUUCUCACGGUUCAGAUUCUGAUAGCAAUCAGUUACCAGUUAAACAUCCAUCUUGUGGGGCAGAGGAUGUUUUUGAGUCCAGGGCUACAUGGGAUGACACAGUGGAAACUCAGAUGCAAAGAAUCGUUGAUGAUCAAACUCCAGAACAUACUCCAGUUUAUUGGCAGGAUAAUGCUGACAGGAAGGAGGAGACUCUAACAAUCAUUGCAGACCUUCUUGGCUUCAGUUGGACUGAAUUGGCAAAAGAGCUGGAAUUCAGUGAAGAUGAUAUUCAACUUGUGAGAACACAAAAUCCAAGUUCUCUUCAAGAACAGAGUCAUGCAUUACUGCAGCGUUGGGUUGAACGGGAAGGCAAGCAUGCCACAGAGGAGUGUCUGAUUAGGAGGCUGACCAAGAUCAACCGCAUGGACAUUGUCCAUCUCAUUGAAACCCAGAUGAAUAAGUCUGUUCAAGAACAAACAUCUAGAACCUAUGCAGAGAUAGAGAAGACCCUAGAUCACAGUGAAGUGUCAGUCGCUUUGUCUUCAGUGCAACAGGAUACAGACAGCCCAAGAAUUGUCAGAAGAAUUGAAUCUGAUGGUAGACCACCACCAGCUGUUUCUGAGGAGGAUCUAUCAGUUGCUUCCUUGCUGGAUAUUCCUUCAUGGGCAGAGCCAACAGGACACAUCCACUCAGAGAGCAUGCAUGGAGACCUACUAGAGGAUGUUGAAAUCACACAUGAAUUGAGCCCUAAUCUGUGGAAUCCUGAAGAUGAUGCAUCAAAAGAACAUGCAAGUUACAACACCUCAGAUGAGCAACUGUCAUCUGCAUCCUGCAAGACAGUACAUUCACAGUCAUCUAAAGAAAAAAAUGUCAAAUUAGAACAAAAUCAGUGCUUUCCCAUUGAUAUGGGAGUCUGGGCUUGUGAUUCCAACACAUCAGGCACUUCAAAUAUAGAGUUGGCACCCCAAGGUUGCUUAGUUCAGACGGAAAUUCAACCUUACAACUUGUUUGCCACCCCAACUACCUCAUCACAGAUGAAGGAAAAACAUAUUUUAACAUCUGGCCCUGGUGGUAACUAUGACUCAGCCGAACCAACUUCCGCAGCCCCCGACUCACAAGACAGUUCAGAUAUACUUGCCAUCAUGUCCUUGGAAUCUCCAAACUCACCAUCAUCCUUGAAGUUUGGAUCCCCUGGGAACCUUGAGCCCAUUCUGUCAGAUCUAAAGGAGGUGAAACUUGAGUUUAGAUCAGAGAAGCAUGAACUACCUUCAUCAAACAUGCCUGCUAAAAUUAACAAGUUUGAAGAUGUUUGUUUUGAAGGCAUUGUAGAAGAUCCAGGAACUAGCACGUCCUCAGUUGCACAGAUGGCAGAGGAUAACACGGAUGACACGGUUAUUCCUGGUACAAGGAAAGCUUCUGGAUCAAGCUUUGGUAUUUCUAAAGACAGUCCUGAAUUAUCCUCUAUGACCUCCAAGUCCACCCAAAGAUUUGAAGAGGAAAAGGAAUCAAUGUGGAGUUCUGGGACUGAUGAAACAUCUAUUCAAAGGAUCCAAGACCAACAUUUAUGGUAUAGAACCUCCACUGACACCCUUUCCUCUCAGUCUCUGUCUGAUUUGAGUCCUGAGACAGUCACAACUGUAAGACAUUUCAGCUUUGAGGAGCUGAUGUCAAACCAAUCCUCAGUGAACUCUGAGAUUUCUUCAGAUGAUGACAAGUCCAGAAACUGCACGCAGCAUUCAGAUGAAACCAUGGUAGAUGAGGAGGAAUGGCAUGAUUUGGAGUCAGUAUCAGUUAAACAAAAAACUGAGAAGACCUCCCCAUCUUUUGAUGAGGAAAAUGGCAUCCCACUGGGGUAUGCAGAGCCAGCCUCAGCUUCUAAAGACAGACCCCACAUGCAUCUGGCAUACAAUGAGGGUCACAGUGACCCAGAGUCAUACCUUGACUGUAAACAAAAGGUGUCUGAUUCAUCAGAGACUGAUCCAGAUAGGGCAAGUUUAGCUCAGACUUCGAGGCAAAAGGUGCUUUUGUCUUCUGGAAGUGAAGAUUAUGAAGAUGCUUUCAUGGUCCAUGAGGGUCCAUGCGGUGUACUGAAGGAGAGUGGAGCGUACCCUUCAGAGACAUCAGAUGAAGAAAUCCCCAUGCGCGUGGCAUCAAAACUACCUGGAACUUAUGACACUAAUGAAUCUCUCAAGAGGGAGAUCGACACUGAGCUUGGAUCAAUGUCUGAGAGUUCGGAUGAGGAAUUUUUGUUGACUGCCAGAAUUGUACGACGUAGAUUUGUCUUUCAGGCUGAUGAAAUGUCCCACCUCACCACUCGCUCUGUAACGGAAGAGACCUACAAAAAUGAAAAUGGACACGCAAUUGUCAAAAAGGUAACCCGGAGAGUUGUUCGCAAAUGUGUUUCUACAAAUGGAGAAGAGCAUGAUGGGAAAUCUGUUGAAGGAGUUGCUCAUGGAUCAGAUCUCGGAUGCAACAGGAAAGUGAAGAGUGAGGGGGACCAUGCAGAGUUAUCAUUUGAUAAAUGUAAGGAUCUCCCAUCGCCGAGGCAACAAACUGCUGAUACUGUGAGUCGCAAAGAAACGACCGACUCAAGGAUUGAGACGACAACGACUUCCCAAAAUGACCAAUCCUUGGCUUCUCAUUUCCCCCCAACCCAACAUGACGUCACAGAGCUGUAAAGGGAGCCAGCAGCACCCUGUAGAGCAAACGAACAACGACAGAGAAGGGUCAAAGUCCUUUGCCCCUGCAGCAGCAUCUCCACCAGCUCUCCCAAUGCUGCUAUGAACAAAAUAGGAUCAAACACUGAGGAAUGAGUAAAAAAAGGCCUCCCCCCCAACUCCAGACAGUCCACGCUAAACUCCCUGCUACUCCUAUGCAUUUGCCACAUGCAAUCCUGGUGUGUACUUCUGCACCCGAAAGCUACCACAGUCUUCCCGCUUUAGUUCUGGAAGAUGAGCUUGUUGUUCACAAGAAACGAGUUACUGUCCCUGACUGAUGUUCUGUUUUCAUGAUUCUUUUUCAUGUUCAAGUGUUUUAUUUUUUUCAUUUUUUUUUCUUUGCCUUCUUGUGACCAAAGACUCUCUUCUGUUGUUUUUCCCGAUUCAGGUUUAAAUGUCGUGUUUUUGAUUCAGUAGAAGAGCAGGUACAAAAAAAAACCCAUGAAUGUUAUUCACAUUAGCCUAUUCACACCUGAAGGUUAGGAAACAGAAGGUGCUUUAAUUCAUAGAGCACUUUCAUUGCACUGCCUGUCUCAACUCUGAUAUUGGUUUAAAAAAAAAAGACACCACAUGCUCUUCUGCCUUCAGUCUGUUUUUUUCUUUUCAUUUAGAUGAUCAAGCUGAAAACCUGAUCAUAUCAGCACUGAAUUUACCCGCUGCCAUACUGUUUUGCAUAGACUGUGUGUAUAUCGUCUUCAAAAUUAUAUAUUAUCUAUAAUCUAAAAACCGCUGACAACUGUAGCCUAGAAAUGAAUAAUCACUCGUGCAGUAGAACAGGCAUGACUAAUGGACAUCUGUCAGUUUGAUCAUAGCUUUGCCUGCUUUGUUGUCCAGUGGUUUGUCCAAUUCUUUGCCUCUAUGUAUCUUUCUUUAUGACAUUGAAUCUGUUUUUUUAGUCCUUUUCCUCUGUAACUGUUGAUCCUGCCUCAUAACACUUGAGCGUAGUGUGACGGAAGGCACUGAAUGUUUGUCUGUGCAUGUGUUGAGCGGUGGUUGGUGAUUUGCAGAGAGUUUUGUGAGUACAGUAUAAAGAUUAUUUAUGAUGUCAUUGCUUUUGGUUUUGAUUUCAAAGGUUAGUUAGACGAUACAUUUUAUUUAUCAGGAGGUCAUCUCCGCAGUGUUGGAAAUGUAUUUAUUUAUGGUAAAGCGACCAGGCAGUAAUUGUUUUUUAUUUCAUGUAUAAGCAUUAUCGUUUCAAUCAGGAAAGUGUUACACGAGGUGCACAACAUGUUUGAGUGUGAAUGGUACUGUCUGUGUGUCGUAUGAAGGAGUGUUCUCUGUUCUCUGUCAGCUAUGACCUGUUUAUUUUAAACAAAUCACUUUUGCACUCCUGAAUGUAAGGUGGAAAUACUUUCAUGAGUUCUGUGAACAGAAUGUUGGGUGCAGCAGAUGUUCGCCACAGGGAAAGUCUCAGCGUGGAGGUGAUAACAUGCAGGAUGACGUGCGUGGUUAUUGAAGCAUCAUACUCUCUGUAUUUAUUUCACUCUCACCAUUUACUUUGUGAUUCCAAAAAGAAAUCUGAUUAGUGAAGGUUCACUGUGACAGGUAUGCUUUUUAAUUUUGAAAAAACAGCAUCCCUUUUCUGUGAUGACAGCAUAUCCAAAAUAUAUAUAUAUAUAUAUAUAUACAUCUAAAAAGGCAUGUAUUAUUGUAUUCAAAUUUGAAAGGACAGACUCAUUGUGCAGUCUAUUUAUUGCUGACAGAGAAUAAAAUCCUAUAAAUGUAUAAUGUUA